AUUCGAAGUGGUGGACAUGACUAUGAGGGACUUUCAUACAUUUCGGAUACCCCUUUUGUCAUUAUUGAUCUUAGAAACCUAAGAUCAAUUUCCAUUGACACUGAAAACAAGACUGCUUGGAUUCAAUCUGGUGCGAUCCUAGGGGAAGUAUACUAUAGGGUCGCCGAAAAAAGUAAAAAGUUGGCCGUUGCUGCUGGGGUUUGUCCUACUGUUGGUGUUGGUGGACACUUUAGUGGUGGAGGCUAUAGCAUGUUGUCUCGAAAAUUUGGUAUUGCUGUAGAUAACAUUAUUGAUGCUAAAUUAAUCGAUGCCAAUGGAAAAAUCCACGAUCGAGAAUCAAUGGGUGAGGAUCUCUUUUGGGCUAUUAGAGGAGGUGGAGGGACUAGCUUUGGUCUUAUUGUUUCAUGGAAGGUGAAGUUACUCGAUAUUCCAGAAAAGGUGACUAUAUUCAAUGUGACACGAACCUUAGAACAAAAUGCAACUCAACUAGUUUACAAGUGGCAACAUAUCGCAGACAAAGUUGAUAACAAUCUCGUCCUUAGGUUGAUCUUAACUAGUAGGGAAUCUCCAUUUCUGCGUGGUAAAAGGACUGUCUACGUAUCUUUUAUAACAAUGUUCGUGGGAGGAGUCAAUGAACUCCUUCGCGAAAUGCAAAAGAGCUUUCCAGAAUUAGGGUUAGUGAAAGAAGAUUGCAUAGAGCUGAGUUGGAUUGAAUCUGUACUCUAUUCUUGGUUUCCUAGGGGAACAUCACUUGAUGCUUUACUUGAUAGGAAAAUCAAAAAUCCGGAGGGAUACUUAUGCUUCAAAAUGAAAUCAGACUAUGUCCAGCACCCUAUUUCAAUACAUGGUCUCGAAGGUCUAUGGAAACUAAUGAAUCAACAAGGUCAAAAUCCACCAGACUUGUCGUUUACUCCUUACGGAGGAAAGAUCAGUGACUUUUCUGAAUCUGAAAUCCCUUUCCCACAUAGAGUUGGAAAUAUAUAUCAAAUCCAGUAUGGGCUGAGUUGGCAAAAAAGAGAGGAUUCUCCUAAACAUAUAGCUCGGAUUCGAAAGAUUUACCGAUACAUGACUAAGUAUGUAUCCAAGUCUCCUAGAGCUGCAUAUUUCAACUAUAGAGAUCUUGAUUUGGGAGUGAACAACAAAGGAAACACAAGUUAUGCACAAGCAAAAAUUUGGGGGGAGAAAUAUUUCAAGAACAACUUUGAUAGAUUGGUGAAAGUGAAGACUAAAGUUGAUCCAACAAAUUUCUUUAGGAAUGAACAAAGUAUUCCUCCUCUAUUAUCUUAUGCUUAAUUGGUGGUAAUUACUUAUGUAUUCUGCAAAUUUAAGCGCUCGCCAUUUGUCUGAAAAUAAUUAAGGCUUUUCACAUGGUUCUUUUACGUAUAUGUUACAAUAUUUGUAUUGAAAAAUAAAUGGAGCCAUGAUGCUCCAAAGAUUGUGUAAGAUGUAUAUUUGUUAUUA